AGCCGAUAGCUGAAGGGCCGUAGAACUGUCUUCCGCUAUGGCAGCCGACUCACAGAUCCUGUUACAGCCUACAGAAGAGGCGCAGCAGCAUCGCAAGUCACGAAGUCAAGCACGGCUCGCCCGCAAAUCAGGCAAUGCCACAGACCCUUCAAAUAGCUCGACACCCUCACGCCAAGGAGGUUGCUUUAGUCAUCUCUCUCCACUCUUCUCUAGCUGUGGCAAGUUUUUAUUCUUGACGGUGGGUUGUGAAGCGCGUGUGCAUAGUACUGCUACGGGUGAUUUACUUCAACCAUUGCUACCCGAGGCGACGACGCGUCCUAUUGUCUCGCUCUUUCUCGAUCCAAGCAAUGCGUAUCGAUUAGCUGGAGUCUAUCAAGAUGAUGGUGCGCUGCUCAAGCAGUUGCACCUCACCGACCAACGGACUGUCGUCGCUGCGACGCUGAAUGGUUCACUUUUGCUAGUCAGCGAUGGCAAGCAUGUCUUUUCAGCUGAAUGGUCGACCAAGACGGCUACCUUGCCAACAACACAGGUAGCAGAUAUGAAAGCCUGUCUCGGUCUUUCCAGUGCCCCCGGACUCUGCUUCGCGUGGGGCGACAACAAAGUCAACGUCUUCCCUAUACAAAAGGAAAAACUAGGACAAUACGAACAGUACGUAUUGGCAAGCCCAGCGACUGCAUUUGCAGCAGACGCAACACAUUUCGCAGUGUCAGAUGACGCUGGUGCGAUCUAUCUCUACCACCACGCUGCACGGAAUCUUGCUUUGCCACCACGAAAAUUGCAUUGGCACGCACAAGCCUGUACGACUCUUCAAUUCGCGUUGGAUGGCGCAUACUUGUUGUCUGGUGGACAUGAAGGUGUGUUGGUGCUUUGGCAACUCGCUACUUCUGGGAAACAAUUCUUGCCACGCGUUGGCACAGCCAUUCGAGCGAUCGGUGUGAGUGCUAAAAGUACGCAGUAUGCCGUCAAGUUGGAGGAGAAUACCGUCAAGGUCCUCUCUGCAUCAACUUUACUCGCGACAUGCGAUAUCGCUGGUCCUAAACGCGCAAGUGUCAUGUGUUCACAUGGUGAAGAGGUCAUGAUGGCGGCUGGUGGACAAGUACAAACAUGGCACAGUCAAAUGGCAACAGCAACAGGUCUCCUCAAUGCAACGGCACAGUCAUUUGCCGGCGCUACACAAGUCGGUAAAGCGAGUAUCCCUGUUCCUGAGCCAGAAAUCACACACAUGGCAGUGUCGCCUGCGGAUUGCUGGACGACGCCGUUUGAAGAGGCUGCUGAUUUGGGAUACACUAAACCGCAUGAUCAAGUGAGUCUCAAAUUUUGGCAACGGCAUGCUGGUUCUUGGCGAUUAUCAACACGUGUGGAUGCGCCGCAUGGUGUUGCACGACUCACGACGAUUCAAGCACUCGGUGGUGAUGUGUUUGUCACUGCAGGUGAAGAUCAAGCUGUCAAGUUUUGGAACAAGAAUAGUGUGCGUUCAUCUGAUGAUGCAGCACAAGCGUACAAAUGCACGCGAGUUCUUCGAUUUGCACAACCGUCAUUGAUGCAUGAACGUGCACCUGCGCUACGAUUGGCCGUUUCUGGGGAUGCUUCAUUGCUAGCACUGUCGGGACCACCAGCACCGCAUACCACCGAUGCAUCCGUUCUUCUCAUUUGCGCGACGCUCGCUGGGUUGGGACUUGGGACACUGCUUGAUCUUGGGUUUGCCGGGGAUUACUUGAUUUUGGUUGGACAAUACAGAUUGGUGUGUUGGUGCGUUGCAGCGUCUCAGGUGGUGUAUGCGUUGCGUUGGCCUGAACGGACAUUUCGAGCAACCUUGACGUGUCCUAUACCCACUCCAAUCUCUGAUGCAACGACAAAAGAAUCGAAGCAAGCGACCGGUGCGUCCCUCAAGACAAUCUCCGAGGGAUCCCAUAAACUCUUCAUUUUCGGGACGCAUGCAGCGAAACCUGUGUUUCGGGAGAAGUUGGGUGCGUUGACGGAUGGGUUUGUUGUGUUGGAUGAAACGCUUGUGUUGAGACGUAUCGGUGCAGCCCUCACACAUGACUCCAGCGCAUUGACGGUCACUUCCGGCAUCAGCACAACGACAGGGGUGGUUGGAUUGGAAGAGGAUGGACAGGCAGUCGAGACACUGAUGCCUGUUGCGACGGCGAAUGGUGCUGGUGCGUCGCUUGCAUCGCUUGAGCAGUGUAUGGCUGGUUUGGGUCUCUUCUUGCUGGGAGCACCGUCACCUGCUACAUCAUAGGUCUGUACGUACUGUCCAUCUAAUACAAAAGAUGCAAUGAUUUCCAACCG